AUGAAGACGGAGAUGCUAAUGAUCCUCUUUGCGCUUAUUUCAGUAGCAGCAACAGCACAAGUUCCUCCUACUACCUAUAGAACUUGGUGCACUUGCAACCAAUAUUCCUCCCUUGCUAAACUGAGAUGGGAAGUAAGUUGGGCUUGUAAGAAUGGUGCUGAUUGCUCACCAAUUGAAAAAGGUGGCCGUUAUCAGAACCUCAACUUCACAGACCAAGCUACGUAUGCUUUCAAUGACUAUUACCAGAAGGAUCCUACACAACGCGUUUGUUAUUUCAAUGGCGCUGCUGGGAUUACAAAUGAAGACCCAAGUACUCCGACGUGUCAGUUCCCAUCUAACAGCACUACUGCAUUCCCAUUUGAUUCGUCAACAAGAAGGGAAGUUCCAAACCUAGGAAGCUUCUUGUGGGGUCUUGGAUUCACAUACCUGGCUUAUCUUGCUGCUCAGAUAGCAUGA